CUCGCCACUGCAGCCCCUGCCGUGUGUGCGCUCUCAUCUAGCCGGCUUGGACGGUGAGCAGAACUUGGGGGAUCGAGGCAGCGGGGUGGGGUUGGGAGGGUAUGUGUGUGGUCUGUAGAAAGCAAGAAGCGAACACUUGAGACUUGCUUUAGGGAGCCUGGGGGUUGAAGAUCACAAGGGUCCGAACUGGGUGCCCCGCCCCGUGCUGUCAGGUCCGGUUCCCAGGACAUCUUUGCAUUGUUCAACAAUUAAGUAAGGCAAGCUUUACGGGCGCACAGACGGGGCGUCCAUCCCGACCCAAAAAGGUCGGGUUCAAAGCCCCAGCAGUUCGCUCCAGCGUCGAGUUCUCCUUAAAGGAGAAGGAACGAGGGCGUCGGACGUCCGCAGGCUGCUGAGUGGCCGCAAGAACUGGGUUCUGGCGCGCGCCCCGGUGCGUCUCCGCGGUCCCUGAACUUACCGCGCGACCCAUUCACUUCCUGGUCCAGGAGCACGUGUGGGCACUGCCUGCCUUCUGUGACCCCGAGACCGCCCUUUUGGUCCCCUCCUGCUAGUUCGUUGUCUGGGUACUCGGGGUCACCAGCUGGGGUCACGGCUCUCGUUCUUCACCACUGUUCAGAAUGGCCAACAGGGGACCUUCGUAUGGCCUGAGCCGAGAGGUGCAGCAGAAGAUUGAGAAGCAGUACGACCCAGAUCUGGAGCAGAUCCUGAUCCAGUGGAUUACCACUCAGUGCCGGAAGGGUGUGAGCCAGCCCCAGCCAGGGCGGGAGAACUUCCAGAACUGGCUCAAGGAUGGCACGGUGCUGUGCGAGCUCAUUAAUUCACUAUAUCCUGAGGGGCAGGCCCCAGUAAAGAAGAUCCAGGCCUCUACGAUGGCCUUCAAGCAGAUGGAGCAGAUCUCUCAGUUCCUGCAAGCAGCCGAGCGUUAUGGCAUUAACACCACGGACAUCUUCCAGACUGUGGAUCUCUGGGAAGGAAAGAACAUGGCUUGUGUGCAGCGGACACUAAUGAACCUGGGUGGGCUGGCAGUAGCCAGGGACGAUGGGCUCUUCUCUGGGGACCCCAACUGGUUUCCUAAGAAAUCCAAGGAGAACCCUCGGAACUUCUCGGACAACCAGUUGCAAGAGGGCAAGAAUGUGAUUGGGUUACAGAUGGGCACCAACCGUGGAGCCUCUCAGGCUGGCAUGACUGGCUAUGGGAUGCCCAGGCAGAUCCUCUGAUCAGACCCUCCUCUUCCCCUGCCCUCUAUGAAUGGUUAAUAUAUAUGUAUAUAUAUGUUUUAGCAGACAUUCCCUGAGAGCCCCUGGCUUGCUAAGCUCCCCUCUGCCAGGGUGGGUCCAACCUAUCUUGUUACCUCUGGCAGUGCCUGAUAAUUGCCUCUCUCUCUCUGUCUCUCUCUCUCUCUCUCUGGGCUUACUAAUGCAUUCCUUCCCCCACAACCAUCAAAACUGGACCAACAAAAACCCUGGGACCAAAGCCUCCUUCUUCCAGCAUGUUUCUGCCUUCCUGACCUCUGUUUUUAGUCCAUUCCUUGGCUAGGAGUCAGAGAUCCUGCCCUGUGGCCCGGUGCUGAACUGACCCUUCCUUCUACAAGUAGGCCUCUCCCUCAGCUGUGGCUGCAGGCACUUCAUUUAUAGGGAGGGGCCUGUGGCUGUCACUCCAGCCACAGCUGGACCAUACUUACCACACAUCCGGGCAGCUUCUCCUAGCAGAGGCCCUUUGGCUUCUUACUUUCCAUUCCUCUCACUUGUGGCUAAGGGGUGGAGUGGAGGAGACAGAGGUAAAAGAGCUGCCCACCGUGGUCUGGGGCUUGAGGAACAUGAGUUUGCUGAUUUUAAGUAAUAAAAAAUCUCAUUCUC